AUGACAUGGACACAUCAGCUAGCAGCACAUUUAGGAAUAGAAUCUGGCAUACUUGCAACAUGCAUGGUUCUACUAGGAAACAUUCUACUGGCACCACUCUACGGCCAUCUCAAACACCCAGUCGCUUGUCAUAUCAUGUCGAUUGCAGUGACCAGCCUAACCUACUCGAUACUCUUUGGGUUUGCGGGGUUUGUGCAACUGACAGCAUUGGCACUAGUGUGUUAUGCCAUCAUGGCCACUGUGCGCUGUGCAUACACCUCGCCAAUAUUAGUUGGGACGUGGAUCAUGAACAAAACAGCAUAUAUCGAUGCUACAGUUCCACUGAUGAUGCUGGUGAUGCGUCAGAUCACUCUUGCAUGGCAGAUCCACGAUGGAACGCUUCCUGACCAUGUAAGUGACCGUCGUUACGAGUCAAUCAAGGAACGCAGUCGCAGAGCAAUCGUUGAUAUGCCUUCCAUACUUGAAUACCUUGGCUUUCUGUACUUCUUUCCAGCAUUUCUUAUUGGCCCUGCAUUCUCGUUUGUAGAAUACAACAACUAUCUGCAUCGUCGAGGCGAAUUCAAGACUAUUCCAAAUCCAUAUGUUCCAGCCAUGGAGUGUCUUUCGUCUACGUUUAUUCCACUGUUCAUUGUAAUUCAAGGCAGUCCACACUUUUCUCCAUCGAGACUGUUGGAUUCUGUCUUGUUACAAGAAAAAACGUUUCUGCAGCUAUGUGUGUUUUAUAUUGCGUGGAAACUGUCGGAAACUGCUUGUAUCUACACCGGGUUCGGAUUUAACGGAUACAACGAGAAUGGAUAUGCCACAUGGGAUCGUGUCGACAACUGUGACAUGGUCCGGAUCGAGUUGGCAGGCAAUAUUCGUGAGUUGGUGUCAGUCUGGAACAUGCAGACAGCAGUAUGGUUGAAAAGGGACGUGUAUGGACGAUUGACAGAUUUAGGAUUUGAUAAACAGACAGCAACUACCAUUACGUUUUUUAUCAGUGCGUUUUGGCAUGGUGUUCAUAUCGGUUACUAUAUUACGUUCAUGUCAGGGUCAAUCGUCACCAUAAUUGCACGACAUAUCCGACGUCAUAUUCGACCUAUUUUUGCUAAUGAGCAUUCACUUUGGCAUUGGUUGAAACCAGUCUACGAUGUAACGGGAAUUGUAACAACACAACUGACGACUGUUUAUAUUGUGAUUCCGUUUCUGGUCCGAGAUAUUUGGCAGUGUUUUUUGAUAUACCGAGCCUUGUACUUUUUUGUGCAUGUUGGAAUGGUAGUGCUGUAUGUGGCUUUUGAAACAAAACUGGGUCGUGCAGGAUUGGCACACAUGGGUAUAUCAGUCAAUGAUCCGAUCAAGUUUGAGACAACGAGUGAAUCUGGUCCAGUGACGGAUCCAGUCAAGACUGUGCGUCAAAAGAAUUGCUGAUGGAUAUCCAAACGAUUGUUCAAACGAUUGUUUAGUGGACUGUUCAACUGACUGUUCAAAUGACUGUUUAGUAAACUGCAUAUAAACGCGACUAGAUGAGAUUGCAUUGUGUUGGGCUCGAUUGACAAUGUUGUGUGGAUCAAUCAUGAUGGUGUAAAUGCAUGGCUCAUAUGUUGUGAGCAAUGCAUGCCAACAAGAUAUAGUGGUGGUAGAUUAGAUAUUCGACUUUUGCAUUCAUGCCAACACUUUGUGAUUUACACUUUCAAAUAAAUGUCGAGCUAAUUGAAUGUUG